AAUAUAUUUAAAAAAUGUCUUUGGCUUUGGCAGGAGUGGUACCUCCUUUAUAUGAGAGGAAUCAAGAAGCUACAAUUUACAUAGGCAAUUUAGACCAGAAAGUCACAGAUGAUAUAGUCUGGGAAUUAUUCAUUUAAUGUGGACCUGUAGUUAAUGUUCAUAUUCCAAAAGAUAAAAUUUCAGGAGAACAUUAAGGUUAUGGUUUUGUAGAGUUUAAGAGUGAAGAAGAUGCAGAUUAUGCAAUUAAGAUAAUGCAUAUGAUAAAGUUAUAUGGGAAACCUAUAAAGGUGAACAAAGCAUCUCAAGAUAAAAGGACUCAAGAAGUUGGUGCCAAUCUUUUUAUAGGAAAUUUAGAUACUGAAAUAGAUGAGAAAACACUGUAUGAAACAUUUUCUGCAUUUGGUCAUAUCUUAUCAACGAAAGUAUUGAAUAUUAAAUAAUAAUAGAUUAUGAGAAAUCCUGAGACUGGAGUUUCAAAAGGUUAUGGAUUUGUAAGUUAUGAUAAUUUUGAAUCUAGUGAUGGAGCUUUGACAGCCAUGAAUGGAUAAUUUUUAGGAACUAAGAUUAUUCGUGUUGAAUAUGCAUUUAAAAAGGAUGCCAAAGGAGAGAGACAUGGAAGUUAAGCAGAAAGAUUGUUAGCUGCUAAUAGACCAUUGGCAUAAAAAGCACUUUUAGGUUUUGUUGGAUAUAUGCCAACAGAAUUGAGAAUUCCUUUGCCUCCUCCACCUUCUAUUUAAAUUCAACCAUUGUAAGAAGGAUACAAACCCUUUCCUUAAUAAAUUCCUGUACCACCUUUACCACCUCCUGGAAUUCCUAAAUGAUUUUAAACAUAAAUAAUAUAUUAG